AUGGAUGAGAGUGUUACAGUUGUGACGUUAGAGUUUAGCGGUGGAUUAGAUUCUCUCGUAAUUGACCAGGAAAAGGAACUAACACUUAAAAUCUUCUCUAAAAAUAUUAACUUAGGACAAUUAAUCUGCUACAUCCGUAACCACAUCAUCGGCUCAAAAAAAGAUUUCUUCUCCAUAUCCACCGAUCACACAGGUAAUUCAGACAAUAAUUCAGGGAAUACUGAGGAAAGUGAGGCUAAAAGUGAGGAAACUGAGGGGAAAAGUGAGGAAACUGAGUGUAAAAGUGUGUUGAUAGAGUGUAAUAUUUCGAGGUAUAAUGGGCGUUUGAAUAGUAGGGAGAAGUGUAAGAUAAGGCCGGGUGUGUUGGUUUUGGUUAAUAAUACUGACUGGGAAUUGUUAAAUAAGGAAAACACAAUCCUCAAAAAUCACGACCUCAUCUCUUUCAUCUCCACUCUUCACGGCGGAUAA